UUAAAUGCCACAGUCCCUCUGUCAAAACAAGGGAGAGGGGCGCAACAAUAUGAUGGACCUUUUUGAGACCAACACUUAUCUUUUCAGUGAUUUGCGUUAUUUGGAGGAGGGGGAUCAUGGACCACUGCAGCACCUGGACAUGGCGGGGGUGUCCCCCUUGUACAACGGCGACGACAGCCCGCUGUCUCCGGGCCAGGACCAUAAUAUUCCGUCGGAGACCGGGGCGGAGAGCAGCGGGGAGGAACACGUCCUCGCGCCGCCGGGGCUCCGCGCGCACUGCGAGGGCCAGUGCCUCAUGUGGGCCUGCAAGGUCUGCAAGAGGCGGUCCGCGCCCCCGGACCGGCGCAAGGCGGCCACGCUGAGGGAGAGGAGGAGGCUGAAGAAGAUCAACGAGGCCUUCGAGGCGCUGAAGAGGAAAACCGUGGCCAACCCCAACCAGAGGCUGCCCAAGGUGGAGAUUUUACGCAGCGCCAUCAGCUACAUCGAGCGGCUGCAGGAGCUGCUGCAAACACUGGAUGAGCAGGAGGAGAAACCCCAACACGGAUCAACACUAAACUCUAAAGAACACAGUGCCGCCGGUCAGCCGUACCUCUGGAAAAAGUCCUCUGAGGCCUGGCUGACCUCUGCUGACCAUUCCACCGCCGCGGCAAUGACAGCACUGAGAGAAGGAACCGGCGGGUCCUCGGGUUCCUCCAGCCUCCUGCGUCUGUCCUCCAUCGUGGACAGCAUCUCCCACGACGAGAAGAUCAGCUCCAGCGUCCUGGAAAACUGAGGCAUCGCCGCCGCCGACCUUUAUACCAACAUUUCAAAUUUAAAAAACUUCCAUUAUCGUUUCCACGAGUCGGCCGUUCUGGCUCCUGUUUGUGACGGAGUCUUCGUUUUUUUUCAGCAGGAGCAGCAACUUUGUACAUAUUUUAUAAGAAUGAGACAUUUUAGAUUAAUUUAUUUUGUAUUAAAAGGCAGAAAAAUUCAUAUUGUAUUUAAAUAUUUGUACAUAACUGAGCGUGAAAAUAAACUUUUUCCAUUUCAGCAA